AUGACAGAUCUGGUGCAGGCGGAGAAGUUGCGCAGUUUCGCCAACAACUUGCAAGAAGACAGCUUUGUUGAGAACGACAAUGGCGGAAAGAUCUAUCUUCGAGACGUGAUGAUGGCACCGGAGACGAAAAUGAUUAACUAUGACAAGCUGAAAUACCUUCAAAAGAAGCCUGGCGAGAAGAAGCCGAUAAGUACUGGUGGGCUUUUCUCCUAAUUCAACUUUUUCCUCGUUAAGUGCACGCUCUCGUGUCCAUGAGGUGUAACCUACUUGACCUACUAAUCUAAAUACUAACUGAGCACAUUUCACUUACCCCUCCCUCCGGACAAAGGGGAUGCGCUGUUGUUGUACUGCAUCGUAACGGGGUCCACAUUUGUUUGUUGCAUGUCUCUGUGGGACUGCGCUAAGAAUCUACUGAUGUACAGUAGGUGAACUAACUCAUGAAAUGUCAACCGAAAUUCUGAAAUGCGUUUUCGUUUCGAAAAGAUUAAUUAAGUAGGGUUGUAAAACCAAUCCCCGGGCAGCAUAAUUGUAUAAAAAUUCAGUUACCCUAGGAUACCGGCCUUCGAACAAACUUUUUUCCGACUGCAUGCAAGACCUAUACUCUGUAAAAAAUGACCACUUAAGUAGCAUGCAUUUUUCUCAUUGAUUGUCGAUGACCUCAAAAGUUCAAUUAUAUUUCAUGGAAAACAUGCACAAAAAUAUUCAAUUUUUCUCAUUCAUUAAAAAAUUGCAUCUUUUUUCAAUUUUACGCUCGAAAGAAGGAUAUAACUCGGUUUUAAAAAAGUUUUUAAAUGUGAGAUUUUUAAUACCAUGAAAUGUUCCUUCAUAAAACGUCAUGUCCCUGCAUUUACCAAUGUGGCUUGUAAAGUUAACACUUUGGCUCAAAUCCACCGCUUAAUUUUAUGAACCCCAUAUGGUCUCUUCCUAAUACCGUAGAGAAAUUUAUGGUUUUCCGUACGCACAAAAUAUACGGUUUGCAUUUUAUUAAACCUGAAAGCAAGUGUAACGGCAGGUCGAGUUCUAAAUUAUUCGGGAAUUGGAAAAGUUGUAGAAAACCAAAUUAUACCCUUACUUUGAGCGUAAAAUUGAAAGAAGAUGCAAUUUUCUACUGAAUAAGAAAAAAAUGAAUAUUUUGUGCAUCGUGACAGGGUCCACAUUUGCUUAUUGCAUGUCUCUGUCGGACUCCGCUGAGAACCUGCUCACGUAGGUGCGUAUGUCACGUCCUAGACGGAGACCGGCGCACGUCAGCUCCUGCAACUUAUCUCAUCACCGGACAACACACAGGACGAAGUACAAGAAAACACAGAAAAUAGAUAAAUUCCUGCCGAGAGUCCUAUCGUUCGCUGUUAUUUGGCAAAAAAGUGAGCGUGGUAAUCAAAAAAUACGCAAAAAGCAAUUUUCGAAAGAUAACGGGCUUUGAAUAAAGCGCCGCUAAUAAGUUUACGUUUGGUCAGGAAGGGAAGAAAAUUCUCAACAAUGGGAACGGUGAAUAAUAAGUGAUUUUUGCAGUCGCACUGAAUUUUAGGGUAUAUUUUUGAAGUUGCCAUCUAUUUCUGGGUCCUAGACCCUAUCGUUACCCAAAAUCGUAACAAUCUAAUGAAAGUAUGCAAUAUCAAAACAUGGAAAAUAACUAAGUUACACAAAAUGCGCUCAUUCUAGCUUAGAUGUAGUGAACCAGUUGCGAAAUAAGGAAGUCGACGAUUUGGUUCCGUUUGAGAGCACACUUUGAAGGCUAUGCGUGUUCCUUGUCCUCCCCAUCCUGGCGUUCCUGUCCCUCUCUCAACGCAUUCUGUAUUUUCUGCCCAAGUGCGGAUAUGAACCCAGCUCUGUUCCAGUUGACCAAUCUGUCCAACGUGCAAAUUCUCCCUUGAUCUGCCCAGAUUAUUCAGAGGGAAAAUGCUCUUAAGGUUGUCUUGGUUGUAUGCUCAUCGGUCUGGCCUGUUCUUUAAGGAUGAACCGUGGGCGUUAUGUUUAGUCCAGCAGCUCCUAUCUACGAGGCAUUUGCAUAUGAGAGGCCAUCAGUAAAAGAGAGUUGAUAACAGCAACGGCAGGGACAACUCUGUUGACGAUUUAUAGCACAUCCGCCUUCGUCAGCCAUCGAUACCCCAGUCUCAAGUCAUGAGAACCAGAGAUUAGAAAUCAAUCAAACUGAAAAUUAAAUUCGCCGUUCUGCCAACUGGGUCCCACGCUUCCCUUUCAAGGGGUGUGACCGAUAAUAAUUAACGUCACAUCGGAGCAGCAUUAAUAGGCCUGGCCUGAUUACAGGACGGAAUACAGGAGUUAGAUUAGGGUUAGCUGACGGAAGAGAUAUAAUGAAAAUAACCUCCUGGCCCUCACUCUGCUCCGUCAGUAAUAUUUUUUUGGUUAUAUGGUCCGGUAGAACACUGGAAUAGGUACCCCCGUAUUACGGGGGACCUUACGUUAAAUUCCUCGGGGGUCACUUUUAAGGUUUAGGAGAGUUUGGGUCGGGGUUGAAGUUAGAACACAAGAGUAGGUACCUCUUGCAAUUCUGCGCAAAGCCACCUGUGGUACGGGACGCACCCACUCGCGUGUCCGACCCAUGGUUUAUCGACAACUUCACUCUUUAUUCCUAACAAAUGGUACAAUCAUUCGUUUUCGAAACACCAUAAUACACGCACACGUAUGGUAGGAUUCCGAAUAGUCUGAUGAGUGCAUGAAGAAUUUUGUUAAGUGUGUUUAAGACCCUUCAUUUCCUGCCUGACUUUCAAUGAAUUUUUAUAGCAUCUAGAAAACCAUUUUACUCCUAGUUAGUCUUUUUUGAGCAAGCGUCUGCAAUCAAAAAUUGGCUGACUCAGUUUUUAGAUUAUAUGUAAACUAUCCAGGAAUCGUGUCCGUUUCCAGCGGGUGGUACCCGCUUAAUACUUUUGUGAACCUGAUGUAGCUAAACUUCUGUCUUCAACUAGAGGAUUGAAAAUUCAGACCCACAGACGUUACGAACACAGUAAAUACGUCUUGGGACGUUUCGCUUGCAAUUUCAUCGUGAAGAAAGGGGUUUUUCUCGUAAUGCCUACAAAUUUCCGUCGGACCGCAGGAAAUUAGGAACUCGCGUGGCCAAAAUUAACCGAACCGACCCGCUAUUCUCCUUCCUUUUACAUCAAGGUCAUGUUUCGGCUGUCUGCCAGUAGUGUGAACUAAUGGGUUGUAUAUUAUGAUCUGAGUCAUAGGGCGAAAAUAAUGUCGCAAGAGCGACAUUUUUGACGAUUUGCCAAGCCGAAUAUGUUAUAACCACUUUUUAACUCUUCUAGGCCAAACUGGCUUUGAAAACAGUUUGUCAUAUGGGUGCUUUACUUGUAUGAUGAAUUUUUAUUACUAAAACAAAAACAGGUGGCAUUAGAAAGACUUUUAUUAAAUGGCAGGCGACUCUAAACAUCCUGGAAAGUUAUGCCUAAUCAACUAAGUGAUUUUUGGUCGUUUUAACGCGCUCUUGUCCUCACAACAGUCUCUUAUUUUCCCUUGUAGAAGUGCAUGCCAUCGCUCUCACUGAUUACUUCCUACUACUGGUUCAGGACAAACACACAGGGAAGUACCGACCUUUUAAAGUCAACGAGAAGGUAAAUACAGGAGUAUCAGUCAUAUCUUCGGAUUCGCUGUGCGAGGCCUGCCGACGUUUUCCGUGCAGUGACCAACGUUAAGAUAAGGAAAGCCAUACAUGUUUGCCUGCGGAUUAGCUCAGUAUGUAUAUGGUAUUUCAAUAGGACGCCGAUAUGGCGGAGGGACUUAGUUCAGGUUUCAAGGUUGGGAGCCUCAAAAAGUGUCUUUUAUCUCGAGUAAUUGAUGUCGAUGCCUGCUUUUCCACUUUUUCAAGACCCCAAGUUCACUGCUGCCAAGAAAGGGUUGCAUCGGUCUUAUCUUGCUCCGUGUGUUUUCACCUAUCCAUUAUGCAGACAAGUAUCUUUUGUUUCGUCCGAUGUGAGUAUUUGCAUUUUUGUGGGGAGUAUCACCUGAAGUUCUUAUUUUUCCUCUCUUCAUCCUUCCACCAAAGCCAUUUGUCGUGAUUUGGUCAAAACACUUUGGUUUCUUCCGGACCUCCGCUCGCUACUCCCUCAACUUUCUCCUAAUCAUGGAGAAGCCAGAAGCCGCUAUGCAUCAGUUUACCUGUACCACCAAUGACGAGGUCGUUCGUUGGCAGAAGGUAUUCACUACCGGCUUUGCCAAAUACGGCAGCAAAACAUGCGUCUCCAGAGAGCAACUCUGUGAGUUCUUCCUCCUGUUCGCCGCAAACCCCCUCUCCGUCAACUGGCUUAUUGCAUCUGGCCUGUUUUUCUGA